AAAGGACAUCUGCGCAGAGUUGGAAACAAUGCGUGAGAACUCAUCGAAAAGCGGGCUCGAGUGAGAAAAUCGGAAGGAGGGAGGCUGAAGGCGGACAAUCGAGUUAAAAAUAGAAACGCAACCUCCCCAGGACUUGCUCUUUCCAGCUCCACCCAGGGGCCGGCCGCCGGGUGAGAGUCUAGGCUUGCGAAGAGGCUGCGCAGCCGGGCUCGGUCCCGCCCUCUGAGCCGGUGACCAAAGGCAGGGGCGGGGCCUCGUGCCCGUGACGUCAUCGCGUUGCCCGUCGCUCCCGACGGGGUUUUCGCUGACGCACAGGUCCCGCCCCCCACCCCCCUUUCCCUCACAGCCCGAGCGCAGGGCGAAGAGCGAGCGUCAGUCGGCUAGGUCGCGAAGCUGUCUGCAUCUCGAUUUAGGGCUCACUCGCUGCCGGGAGCCGCGCAGCUUCCCCGGCGGUGGCAGAAGAGACGGGUAGCGCCAUCGGUGGACACUCGCAACGCCCCGACCUCGCUGCGUGCGCUCCAUUCACCCCCUUCCUCGACCCAGCCUGCCGCCCGUGGAGGCGUGAGGCGACGACGGUCGAACGCCUAGAGCAGCGUUAGCAGCCGCGGCCUCCGGUCCUCCCUCCGCCUCCUCCUCUGCCCCCCCCCCGCUUCCCUCCUCCCACUUCCCGAGCUCCGGCGUGUCCCGGCCACGCUCGGCGCUGCUGCAGGAACAAAGAAGGACCCCGCGGCGGCGGCGGCGCCACCUCCGCCUGCGGCCCCGACCCGCUCCCGGUUCGCGGCGGCGGCUCCAGGCGCCCGGCUCGUCCUUCCCGGAGGCCUCGGCCCCGCUCUAUCGCGCCGGCGUAGCGCGCGAGCUCGGUUUCUGCAUUCCGGCCCCCGCAGGAAAAAUAUGGCUCAGGAGACUAACCAGACCCCAGGGCCCAUGCUGUGUAGUACAGGAUGUGGCUUUUAUGGGAAUCCUAGGACAAAUGGAAUGUGUUCUGUUUGCUACAAAGAACAUCUUCAGAGACAGCAGAAUAGUGGCAGAAUGAGCCCAAUGGGAACAGCCAGUGGUUCCAACAGUCCUACCUCAGAUUCUGCAUCUGUACAGAGAGCAGAGGCUAGCUUAAACAACUGUGAAGGUGCUGCUGGCAGCACAUCUGAAAAAUCAAGAAAUGUGCCUGUGGCUGCCUUGCCUGUAACUCAGCAAAUGACAGAAAUGAGCAUUUCAAGAGAGGACAAAAUAACUACCCCGAAAACAGAGGUGUCAGAGCCAGUUGUCACCCAGCCCAGUCCAUCAGUUUCUCAGCCCAGUACUUCUCAAAGUGAAGAAAAAGCUCCUGAGUUACCCAAACCAAAGAAGAACAGAUGUUUCAUGUGUAGAAAGAAAGUUGGCCUUACAGGGUUUGACUGCCGAUGUGGAAAUUUGUUUUGUGGACUUCACCGUUACUCUGACAAGCACAACUGUCCAUAUGAUUACAAAGCAGAAGCUGCAGCAAAAAUCAGAAAAGAGAAUCCAGUUGUUGUGGCUGAAAAAAUCCAGAGAAUAUAAAUUACUACUAGUGAAGAGACUGAAACUUUGUUUUUAUUUUAAUAUAUCGUAGGAAAACAUUAAAGAGCAGAUGCAUGGCCAUUUUC